CCUACUUUGCCCAAAUUAUUGUAUUGUCUUCCCAGUCACCAAAAAUACUAGCAAUAUUUGACAAUGGAGCAACCAUUUUUGGGUUACAUACCCAGCGCCGCUGACGAGGAUGCCCUUUGGCAUUUCAAAUUGUUCAACACGUUCCAGGUGUUCUGCGUGCUAGCCGGCUGCGCCGCAGUGCUUUAUUUUGCAAUUCGCAUCAUUGACAUUGUGUGCGACCUGUGGUUCCGAGACUCAAUUCCAGUUGAAAGCUUUGGCGCCGACAAGGGAUAUUGGGCAGUGGUCACCGGGUGCACUGACGGAAUUGGAAAGGAGCUGGCCCUGCAGCUCGGAGAUAAGGGCUACAACCUCGUUCUGCUGUCGCGCACACAGUCCAAGCUUGAUGGCGUCCGCAAUCAGCUCUUGGCCAAAAACGUCAAAGUUGACUCGUACGCUGUUGAUUUUAGCUGCACCACCAAAGAGCAGUGGGACCAUAUUGAGCAGAUGGUGAAGUCCAAGGACAUCGGUAUCCUUGUCAACAACGUCGGUGUCUGCCAUCCGGCGGCUGUAACCUUUGUCGAUGAGUCCCCCACCAUGUGCAAGCAGAUGGUCGACGUCAAUAUCGUGACCAUGAUGAAAAUGACACGCUUCGUGGUCCCUCAGAUGCGCCAGCGCAAGAACGGCUGCAUUCUUAACAUUGGCUCGUGGACGUGCCUCAAGGGCAUGCCGUUUUUGUCUGUAUAUGCUGGUACCAAGGGGUUCGUCAAGACGUUCUCACAGAGCCUCGCGUACGAGCUUAAAUCUGAAGGCAUCACAAUCCAGCAUAUCCUCAGCUUCUGGGUGGCGUCAAAAAUGUCGGGAUACAAGAAGGCAUCGGUGUCGAUUCCUAGUGCCACGCGGUAUGUCAGUUCCGUACUGAACCGUAUUGGACUCAUGUGCGGCACGCUCGAGUGCUUCUCUACCGUUCCGUAUGCACCCCACAGCUAUCUUGCGUUUGUCUGCACUACCAUGUGGGAUGCCAGAAUCGUGCCACCCAUCCUUUACAGUAUCGCAAACAACCUCUACAAGCUGGCCAAGAAGAAGCGCCUGCGGCUCAAGAACAAGCAGGAGCUUGUUUUGUAAGCACCGGCUUUGAAUUUCUCGUUUAGCACCCUGAGGAAUCUCGGGGGGCUAUUAAUGCAUUUUCUUUUGAAUACAUUUUCCAACGUGC